UAAAGAAAGAAACUAUGUUACAAAACCACAACCCCCUUUUCUUCGUCUUCUACUCUCCUCCUCUGUCAAACACAAAGAACACCAAACUGCAGAUCAAAAAAAUCCCAUCUUCCCUCAAUAUAUUGAACUAAAAAAACCCAUUUGUAUGAUUUAAAUCAUUGAAACCCCUAAAUUAAAUUCAAAUCUUCUGAAACAAACUUCAUCAUUUUCACUAUUUUUCUACUCUAACCACACUGUUUAGUUCCUGUAAUCCUUCAUUCUUUCUACUUUGCAUACAUGAUUCUUUUGCUCUAUUAAAUGCAAGAUGAUCUUGAAAAGUUGAAGAUCUCAGGCUGUUUCUAGCAUAGAUUAUCAAGUGGGUGAUUUGGAUGAUUUAAAGCUGGUUUUUUUUAUUAGAUCUCCAUGAUGAAAUUUUGAAGAUUUGAUGCAAGAAAACUGUUUUUAAAAUAGAUCUUCAUAGAUAAAGAUUGAAGCUUUCUUUAGGUGUUAUGGAUAAGUUACAGUGGGGAAACAGAAAGAGACUGAGAUUUGUAAAGGUUAAAGAAUCAACGGUUAUGAAUGGAAAAUCAGAUGGAAAUGGAAUUGUUGUGAAGAAAAAGAUCACAUCUCAACGUGUUGAUCGAAGGGUUGUAAAUGAACAAGAUUCUCAUCAUCCUAUUCCUCCUCUUCAUUCUUCAUCUCCUCAACGUAUAAACAGGAAGAUUAUGUCGGCAUUAUCAUCGCCCGAAAAAGAAGAUCGAUAUUACACGACACGAGGAUCGACUGGACCCGGGUUCGAGGAAAGUAGCAGUAGCAAGAAGGUGUUAACAAUGGAUGCAAAGCAAGAUAGUAAAAAGAUUGUUUGGCCCAAAUUGUUUACUACAUUAUCAAGCAAAGAGAAAGAAGAAGACUUUAUGGCAAUGAAGGGGUGUAAACUGCCUCAAAGGCCUAAGAAAAGAGCCAAGAUGAUUCAAAGAACCUUACUUUUGGUAAGUCCAGGUGCAUGGUUAUCUGAUCUAUGUCAAGAAAGAUAUGAAGUUAGAGAGAAGAAGACUUCUAAGAAGAGACCAAGAGGAUUGAAGGCAAUGGGGAGCAUGGAAAGUGAUUCAGAAUGAGAUUUGUGGGAAAAGAUAUUGAAUUUGGGUGAAGUUUUGGUUUAGAGUUGGUAGAAGUUGGAAGGAAAAAUCUGUGUUUGAUUUGGGAUAAAUUUGUUUGCUUUGCCCAAUAUAUCUGCUUUAAUAAAUACCAAUUAAUAUUUUCAAUCAUUUUACCUUUUUUGUUUAA